UGUAUCAUUUUUGGUUUUUGUUCCAUUUCGAUCUGUUUCUUUAUAGGAACCGCCUGACCGAUCAGAAUUUCACUAUCACCGACAUGGUAACCCUAGCAAUCCUAAUAGAUAUGCAAAAUCUCAUUCCGGCGACACAAUGACCUCUUCUUAUUGCACCAAUUCCUGUAAAAAUUUUCCAACAUGGUAACCCUACCCAAAAAAGAAGAAAUUUAUGUGACUGCAGAGGAUUAAUUCUUUAAUUCUUGGCUGAUCCUAUGGCACAGCAGGGGUCUGAUGGACGCUGAGCGGCACGGCACGGUGGGGGAAUAAUGGCUGCGAAAGGAACUUUCAUGGAUAAUCACUAGUUCACCCUGGCCUCAGAUUCAAUAGCUGUGAAAUGAGAUUGAGUUAAAAGCACUGUGAAAAUUCCUUUGUUGUAAUUUUGUUCACAGUAUCAGGGGCUUUGAAUUCUGAUGCAAAAGGAGGACCCCAGGAAGGCAGGAACUCACAAUCUUCUAUUGAAUGAGGUUUGCUUACAAGCAAACCCAAGGGCCAUGCACUUCACUAUCAGUGUGUUGUCCUUUAGUUUAUGACUCAUUUAAGGCUUAUGCUUCACGUUGUCAUCUUAAUUUCUUUCUAUUUCAUACAUCUUCUCCAAUUUAUUUCCACCUUAACAUUGCUAACAUCUUUUGCCAAUCAAGAGAAAUAACUUGUGCAGUUUCAUCUCCAAACAUGUUCUAUUUCAGAUUUUCUUUCAUUCUUAAAAUUUAUCUUUCCUGAGAGCUUUUCCCCAAGUUAAUCUUUACAAGAAUUAGUUGUCAUUGAUAUGUUUAUUUGACACACUUCCAUUAUCUCUGAUACUCAGAUAAAGAAUUCUUUUCACUACUAGCCACUUAGCAGUUGGAUAUAACCGGUCUCGUAAAUUACCUCCUUUCACAUAAUCUGGGAUGGAAGGGACACCUGGGGUGAGCAUAAUCACCUUUUGCUACAAUGAUAUAGAUAAAAAAAGAGCAUGAUCAUUGGGUUUCCCUAUAUAACACCAGGAAAGCCAUUGGAAAAUAAACCAAAUCAUUUUUAUCUUCUUCUUCCUUGUGCUCAUCCAAACUCCUCUUUUCUCAGCCUUCUCAUCUUUUUUGCUCUCCUUUGUUUUCCAUUUGAGGGACAAAAAAGAAGAUGUGGGGGAGUGAUCCUAUAUCUCAAAGCCCCUCUCAAGGCUCAGUUAUGAUGAUGGUCAUCAGCUUCUUCCGUCAUAAGCUCUAUUAGAAAACUGCACGGUGGAGAGACUCAUGUCCUCUUGAUCUGCUGAUCAUAGAGAUGGCUGGAAGAAGAAUUGAUGGCAGUGGUAGCACAGCAGGUUUUUUUGAAAAUGGAGGGAUCUAUGCAAAUGGAGAUCACGAAGCACUUCUAGUUGGUGGAUGUCAUGGAAGGUAUCUCAAGUUUGACUUGUACGAAACUGAUUCAGACGAGUUAACUCCAAAGUUGGGCAAAAAGAAGCGUCUGAGGGUCGAUCAAGUGCGAUUCCUCGAAAAAUACUUCGAGCACAAGAACAAGCUUGAGCCAGAGAAGAAACUGCAGCUGGCCAAUGACCUUGGUCUGGAGCCAAGACAGGUAGCCAUAUGGUUCCAGAAUCGACGCGCUCGGUUGAAGACCAAGCAUCUCGAAAAGGAGUAUGAAUCCCUCAAGUCUAGCUAUGACACGGUCAAGGUUGAUCAUGAUAACCUUGCCAAGGAGAAUGAGAAACUCAAAUCUGAGGUGGUUUUUCUCACUGACAAACUUGUCAAGAAAGAGGAACCAUUCAAGCUGCAGGAGAUUAUCAACAUGGAGGCUGAGGCCAUAGUUGGCAAACAUGAGGGCUCCAGCUCUGCCAACGCUACAUUAGAGUGCGAGAGCCUCAUGAAUGGCUUCCAUUUGGGUGACAAGGAUAAGGCUUUGGUUUAUGGGUUCCUCAGGUCAGAUCAUCAUCCAUUCAGUUAUAAGUUACAGGCGGAGGACCAAACCUUCUGGUCCUGGCCUUAACUGCACUUCCUAGUAUUUGCUCGCGUGUCAAACUUUGUUCUUAAAAUAAAAUCUCCAUCUUUCAUGUA